UAACAUCGCCGCAUGCCAAUGACCGUGACCUCAAUGUGCUGAACGUUGUACAGCAUCCAAUUACCACCGUCAAGCAAUCAGCCAUGAACAGCAUAUCCAUCAGUUUUUCUCAAACAGGUACCCUGCGGACCAUUGAGUAUCAUGCGCCUCUUGGUCAACCUGUCGAAUCCAUCCCGAUCCAGUCCCACACCGUGGCUCAAACACAGAUUCGACUGAGGGAUAAAGCCCUGGGAUAUUACGUGGAGAUUGGGUGUAUCUAAUCAAAAAUGUUAAUAAGGCAAGUUGGAUGGAAGCACUGGCAGUGGUAGUUUCAAAAGAUUCUGGGAAGGCACAGCUUAUCGGUCUACUCAAACUAGUACGGUAACCGAUGACUGCAAUGGAAUCAAAAAUUCUCUAUCGGGUGUAUGAUGAUAAAUAUCCGAGGAGAUGACUCGCAUUGCCAUGCGUCGAAGUCAUCGAUUAACAUAGCCAUCUGGUCUCCGAGAGACAGGACGGGUGGGAGUCAUUCCUAUCUCAGGCUGCGAAGUUCCGUAUCAUUCGCUCACAGAAAGUGGGCAUUCACUUAUUACCUUCAGCACCACCCACAACGCUUCGAUGCAUAAUCCCAGAGAAGAGUCCAUAGCGCUGCUUGACGAGCACGACAACUUUCGUGUGAGUGAGGACGAUGGAGCCAUACAAUCAUCGGCUGUGGUGCUCCGGAAGCUCAAAGCGCAACGAUAUGUGACUAUUGCACUCUUGGCAUUCUCCCUCCUAGACGUCUUGGUGUUCCUCUAUGUUGCGCGACUACUAGCUAGUUCAUCUGACACUGCAUUCGAAAAUCUCGAAUUUCGCAACUCGUACAUUGGUCUCGAAGAGCUAUAUCGGUCAGGAAAUGUUAAUGCGUCUCAUCAUGACCCUAUUAUCAACAUUCCACGUAUAGCCACGCAAGUCAGCAAUAUCGAGACUCACAAAAAUUUCCCGGAAGGUGAACAUCAAUGGCUUAGCGAUUAUGGUACAUUGUUGCCCCCUGAUCGUCAUUUACAAGUAUCCAGUGAAAUUCAUACGAUUAUGCAAUUCAGAGCAGUCGAUUAUGGUAUGGAACGAUGUGCUCUCACUUUGCGGCUUCCUGCUUUCGAUUUCGACAGGAUUGGAACACGAAUUGAUCCAGUAGUAAUGGAUGAUCCUGUCCAACUAUCCGUGUGUGCACUUGACGUGUCGAGUUCGUUGAACCCGCGAACGCUUUCAUGGUCAAGUCGUCCUCGAUGUCAAAAGCAAGUUGGGACCUUGAUUGCCCGCCCAGGAGAAGAGGUCAAAUUGCCGGAGUUCUCGUGCGAUUGGGCCUCACUUCAUACUUAUGAAAUUGCGUGCGCUUCCGAGUCGUCCGACUGCGAGCUUGACGUGUGGUCUAAUCAGAACGCGACGUGGGGUAUAUUCAUGUAUCAAUAUCAGACCAGAUGAUUACGGGAUACGGGAACCUCAACGAAUACCCCUUUUAACGUAAUAUAGAGAUAAUGUCAAGAUUCAAUGUAGCUGCAUUGUUUGUGACUGUACUUUUGCAACUUGCUAAUUUAUUUGUUGCGAUAUAUCUUCACGCUGUUAUGAGGCAGGAUUAUUUCCUCUCCUUCCGUGGACAAGUUAUGUCCUGAACCGUCGUUCUUCCCCUUAUCGCAAGCCAUACUGAAUGAGAUAUUCUGUCAAGCUAUUGCCGAUGAAAUGAAAAUAUGCCAAUUUCGUUAACGCUGUCAUC